CGCACAGGCCCGAGGGAAGAUGAUGGCGGCGGCGGCCCGAGCGGCGCUGUUCCCUGCGGUGCGGCGGAGGCUCUGCGGUUUCACCGAGAGGCUCCUGGCCGGAGGUGCUGCCGGGCGGUCACUAUAUUUUGGAGGAAACAGAUUGAGAAGUACACAGGCUGCUACACAAGUUGUUCUGAAUGUCCCUGAAACUCACGUAACCUGUUUGGAGAAUGGACUCAGAGUGGCCUCUGAAGACUCUGGGCUCUCAACAUGCACAGUUGGGCUCUGGAUUGAUGCUGGAAGUAGAUAUGAAAAUGAGAAGAAUAAUGGAACAGCUCACUUUCUGGAGCAUAUGGCUUUCAAGGGCACCAAAAAGAGAUCCCAGUUAGAUCUGGAACUUGAGAUUGAAAACAUGGGUGCUCAUCUCAACGCCUAUACUUCCAGGGAGCAGACUGUAUAUUAUGCCAAAGCAUUCUCUAAAGAUUUGCCAAGAGCUGUAGAAAUUCUUGCUGAUAUAAUACAAAACAGCACAUUGGGAGAAGCAGAGAUUGAACGUGAACGUGGAGUAAUCCUUAGAGAGAUGCAGGAAGUUGAAACCAAUUUACAAGAAGUUGUUUUUGAUUAUCUUCAUGCCACAGCUUAUCAAAAUACUGCACUUGGACGGACAAUUUUGGGACCAACUGAAAAUAUCAAGUCUAUAAAUCGUAAGGACUUAGUGGAUUAUAUAACCACACAUUAUAAGGGGCCAAGAAUAGUACUUGCUGCUGCUGGAGGGGUUUCCCAUGAUGAACUGCUUGAGUUAGCAAAGUUUCAUUUUGGUGACUCUUUGUCCACACACAAAGGAGAAAUACCAGCUCUGCCUCCCUGCAAAUUCACAGGAAGUGAGAUUCGAGUGAGGGAUGACAAGAUGCCUUUGGCACAUCUUGCAAUAGCUGUUGAAGCUGUUGGUUGGGCACAUCCAGAUACAAUCUGUCUCAUGGUUGCAAACACACUGAUUGGCAACUGGGAUCGCUCUUUUGGAGGAGGAAUGAAUUUAUCUAGCAAGCUGGCCCAGCUCACCUGUCAUGGCAACCUCUGCCAUAGCUUCCAGUCUUUCAACACUUCCUACACAGAUACAGGAUUAUGGGGAAUCUAUAUGGUUUGUGAACCAGCCACUGUUGCAGACAUGCUACAUGUUGUUCAGAAAGAAUGGAUGCGACUCUGUACAAGUGUCACUGAAAGUGAAGUUGCACGAGCCAAGAAUCUUCUGAAAACAAACAUGUUGCUGCAACUUGAUGGUUCCACUCCCAUCUGUGAAGAUAUUGGUAGGCAAAUGUUAUGCUAUAAUCGAAGAAUUCCCAUCCCUGAGCUUGAAGCAAGAAUUGAUGCUGUAAAUGCUGAGAUAAUUCGAGAAGUGUGUACCAAAUAUAUUUAUGAUAAGAGUCCAGCUGUUGCUGCUGUUGGUCCCAUUGAGCAGCUACCAGAUUUUAAACAGAUUUGCAGUAACAUGUGCUGGCUUCAUGAUUAAAAUGCUCCUAAUAAACAUAUUUUGAACAUAUAUAUUUAUAAAACCGAGACCUGCAAGUCCUAAAGAAAAAAAAUGAACAUCUAUACUGGUAAAUAUGAAUGAAAUACUAUCUCAGACUUUGAAAGAAUAAGACCACCACAAUGAAUGGUAGAUCUCUGAGAAAUUAUACUGGAACAACACACUUUAAGUAUAGUUUUAAGAAUAAAAUUUUGUACAGUAUUUUCAGUUUUAUUAUAAAAAUGCACACACAACAAAGAUUGUCAUAAGUCAUUUCUUGCCUCUACUUGCGUUCAGCACUUGUUCUUGAGCAGCUUUCUUUGCUUUUACCAUUUCGACAAGUUCCUAGGAAGGGAAAAAGAUGUUACUUACACCGAGAAGUUGUCAGAAUUUGCAGACAUUUCUAGUGUUUGGUAUAAGUAUGUAAAACAUCCAAACUGGGGUAAAUCUACUGAAAAGGUUGAUUUUUUUUUUUUAGUAACUACCAGAGCUAGAACGUUUCUAAGGUUGGUUACUUCUAAUAUUGGCCCCACGACUACUGUGGUAUUGAAUAAGCACAAAAACAUAAUUUAAAUGAUUGAUAAUGGAAUCUACACACUAAAGAUCUACAACCUUAUAUCGUUUCAUGCAGUCCUUCUUUGUCCUGCCAGGCACUGCUUCUGCUAUUUUUUCCCAUCUUUCAGGUGUAUUUACUGGGUACGUUUUCAAAGCUUGUUCCAAAAGCUUCUGUUCUUCUGUUGUCCAAGGGGUGAAAUCUGUGCAUGGACCUGUUUAAGAAAAAAUUUUCUUUGGAAAAUUUUAUUCUAAUUGAUAGAAAACUGUCCUGGAACACCUUCCCAGAUGAGUCUUUUGGUACACAUCUUGGUAAGUGCCCAUUUGAAUCUGUGAUGUGCAAUCUUGAACAGACCAAAUUAGAUGCACAUAUAUACCUCUAGGUAUUAAUUAGGGGAAAAACUUUAGAUAGCUCACAUCCCAGAAAAAUAUGAGACUUUAAAGCACAAUAUGCUUUGUAUUUCUGGUCUAUCACAAUCUAAUCUUAUAUUCACCAGACUUUUUAAAAAAAAAAUCAGAUUUAACAUACACAGUUGGACUUCUGGGUUCGAAACCACAACCACAAGUCAUUUAAGAUUUCUGAUAAAUCUAGUUCCUUAUAGCAUAGUUCAAGAGCUGCCUCCUACUUAAACACUUUUAGCUCGAUGAGAGCCUGGAAACCAUUCUCAUUUUACACUGGAAGAAACAAGUUUAACAAAGCUAAGCCAAGCUCCCAUGGUUUCAAUGAUGUACAGCCAAGGUGAGAUUAGAUUCCAUUUCCAGUGUGUCACUGUCACCACGUCCACUAAAAUAUUGUGGAGCCUACGCUGUGCAUCUCUACUAAACCAGACCUUUAUGUUUGAUAGAACACCUCAUACAUGUAUCAGAAACAAAUAUAUUCCUUCCUAAGAUGCAAGAAGUAUACAUCCCACUUCUGUAGGAAAAUGAAAAUGUGAAAAUGGUUAAAAUGAUUUGGUUAUUCUAAGUUAAUGGAUUACUGACAGCUUAGUUAUUUCAGAUCAUGCAGUGAAAACACAGUGGCACCUAUCCUACCAGCAGUGAGACUACCUCUUGAAAUUGUAACCUGUGAGAUCAGGUACAAAGUAAAGCCUAGAAAUCUAAGUUAUUUCCCAAUUAAAAACAUACUCAUAGACACAGUGAACAAGUUGAAAAACAACACACCUUACAACAAGGCAGAGAACUUGUAUUUGAAGACAGAUUAAAGACUGAAGCUUUUUUUGAAAUCAGCUUUUAAAAUUCCAGGAACCCCUUAGUGGAAUUUCCUUUUAUUAGUUUGAAGCCCCAUUUAACACCAUAGAUUUAAUUCAUUUCCUCUCUCUUGGAAAAAAGAUGGAACUGACAUAUAAUUAUUAUCUGCUGCUUAUUAUCUGCUGUUAUGAUCCAGGGACUUCCCAAUACCAAAAUGAAUGAAACAUAUAAAAUUCCUAUGAGAAAUCACUAUUCCAAAAAAUGUGGCCAGCUUGCUGUUUACUGGAGCAGUUGAAGAGAGAGGGACCUGCCCAUUAAAUCCAUAAGAAGAGGUAAAGGAGUCAGGCCCAAGUACCAUAUCACUCCUGCCCUCACAGGGUCACCCAUCUGCCAGAAAGCACAACCAUCAGUGUCUGCCUCCAGCACGGAAACUAGUCCCACAAGAAAGGGCUGAGAAUAACGCAGUAAUAUCUGAAUGUGUCUGAUUUUUGUGGAUGGCGUAAGGGGCAAGAGAAUUACCUCCUUUAGAAGUGCCUUCCAAGUGUUCUGAAAUUUCUGCUUUGUUACUUAUCUUUCUGAAAAGAGCCAAAAUAAUGCCCAGCCUAGACAAAAGUCACCCAAUUUUGCAAAUGCAACUUGCAAACACAGAAUGAUUUUUUCCUCUUUAUAGAACAUUGUAAGUCUCUCCUAGUAUUUUCAAAUUGAAAUUUUGGGAUAAUGAACCAGACCAAGAAUACAGGAAAAGUGGGACUGUUAAGACAGGGACAGGUCAUCCUGAGGAGUCAAGGCUGUCACUUAAUCCCAAAACAUACAUUUGGCACUGUGAUCUGGAAAGCAUAUCCAAGAUUAGCUUAGUUUAGGGAGAAAAGGACUGGUGGCUCACAAAUGCAUGUAGUGAAAGAGAACUUUUCAAAGUUUUGUCAGCAACUCACAUUAAGGAAAAAAAUGUCACAUCUCAGACACUUAUACACAUGAACAAAAGUUUCACAAAUACCCACUUAUGUAAUAGGUGUAAUGCUCUCUGAUAUUUUCUAUUCAUGAUCCAUUAAACUGAUUUCAUGACCCACCUCUGAGUCAUAAUUUGCAUUUGAAACAUACUGGUCCAGAGUAAUCAAAUUAACUAGAACACCCAAGACAUGUCAGCACAACAAACUGUGUCUGUAUAACUAACUUGUUCUGAGCCACGUAAGCUGCAGGCAUGCUGCCCCUUUACUCCUGUCUUCCCUUAAAGACAAGGACCUUUCCUUAUAGUGUAUUUUUCAAAAUCAGGAAAUCAACCUUGAUAAAAAAUUAUCUAGUCUACAGACCUUAUUCAAAUUUCAAUUGUCCCAAUAUCCUUUAAUACUGAUUUGUAAAAUCUGGUGAACUAAACAAACACAACCCCUCCCCUCAUGGCAUAUGAAAUGGAAGAACUGUAAUUCUCAAUGGUGCUGAUGUAAAACUGUCCUGAAAACAUCCGCUUUAUACCUUUCAGUCUGCUAAAUGCUUUCCAUUCCAUUCACUCUGAAUGUAGACCAUAGAUCUUGUAUACUCUCACACAGAUACAUGGUUAGCAUUUUCUACUCAUAGAAAAAUAAAAUUUCAUUACCUUCAAAUCGUUCUGAAGGUGUUGCAUUGUCUGCUUGACACACCACACCGUGUUCUUUUUUAAACUUAUCAAAAGCCUUUCUGUUUAUGUCAUCUUUUUGAUGAGGGUCUGAAAAGGGGAAAAAACUUUAAUACAGAUCAUCUCAUUUAGUCUUUCAUUAAAUUGCAUAGAUUAUUUUUAAAAUAUGUAUUCAAGGUAGCAAAAAAAUUGAUUUGGCAAAACUAACUCACCAAGUUUUUGAAGACUCUUUGCUUUGCCAAUAACAUCUUUGGCGGUUCUCUUGACUCCAGAAGAAGAAUGUAUGUUCAUGUAAUUAGCAAUAACUUCCCAUCUAGAGCAACCGAUACAAAAAUAACGAAAAACCCCAAACAAAACCCAGAAUGAUCCCACAUUUUUAAUGCAGAAGGGUUAGCUAUAACAUCUAAAGAAUUAGCUCUAAAUUGGUGAUCUAAUUAUUACUAUUGCCUGAACUAUGUUUUUUGCUUUUCAUAUGUUUAAAUCAACUGUGUAUAAUCUUGGUUUCAAGUUUGUACAAAACCUUAUUGAUUCUGUGUAAAAAUCAACAGAAAUAAAAGCACACAUUUGUGUAUACUGCCAUUUGGACACAUA